UUUUUCGCAUUAACAAAUCCUACAGCCAUUGUCCCCGAUGACGGAUGGCGUAGGACACCGAGAGAUUCAGCUUGUCCAAACCCUUUGGCGCUUCCCUUCCGCAGUCUAUUGCGGCUUUCAGAGGUGAGGAAGAAGACGCCGUAGUUGUUCCAUCUCGCCUUACCACAGCAGCCUGCUGCAGUAGCGCGGCCCCGAUACGCACCUCCGCAGCUCUAGCGCACGCGGCAGACGCAGAGCAGUCCGACGCGCCAUCGACCAACACCAACAGAGCACUGAACCCGAUACCGACACUUAUAGGCACCAGCCAUGAUGCAGACGCAGCCGUUGCCCACUUGCGACGAGUACGAUCCACUGGAUGCCCACCUGGACGAGCUGGAGGAGCCUGGUGCCAAUUUCCUGCAAGAUUUUAUUGUGGCUCCGCAGCCGACCCAGAGCGACACGCCGCUCAGCAAUUCGAAUGGAUAUACGUCCGAAGAAUCAGAUUACUCGGUAGUGACCCCGUCCGAUGAGCAGAACUACCAGGACAUGUCGUUCCUCCACGCCGCCAACACCAGCGAGCUCGUGGACGUCGUGGGCGAUCUCAGCACAGGCGACCUGACGUCAGUAGCCCCUCAACAACAGCAGAAGUUUGCAGGCAAGGUCAUCAAAGGUAAAACUUCCAAGUAUCGCGGUGUAACACAGACGAGCAAGACCUCAUGGGGCGCUAAAUACAGCGCUAAACGCAUCACGAACACGUGCAAGACCCCCGAGGAGGCUGCUCACGCUUACGACGAGUAUCUGAAGGCCAACUAUCCCCAGAAAUUCGCCAAAUUCGCCAAUUUCUGCGAUAAAUGCGGCAAGUUCGUGAACCCGCUCGGCUUGCCACAGUUUCAGAGCGAAUGUGAAUGCUCCAUGAGCUCCCCCACGGGCUCCAUCACGCUGUCGCCCAAGAAGGAAAUCUUUGACAGACAGCAGAUCACGACCCCCACCUCAGUUACGCCGUCGCUGGUACCGCCCACCGCCCCGUCUCCCGCUGCAGGACCUUCAACCGUAUCUUCAAGUUCGAUGUUGAACAUGAUGGGAACUUCCAGCCACAGCUUGGACCUGAACCCUGCGGAGGAGGAAAACACAAAUGUCCUCCGCUCCAGCAAUUUGUCGGUGGGGUCACUCAAAUUCAGCUUUUCAGAGGACACGGAGCAGUUUUUCGCCGAGUCUUUUAAUGAUGUGGCUAAAAUGUCCUCGGAAAUUGACGGCGCAGCUUUGGCUGACCAACAGCAACAACAGGACCAAAAGCGGGACAGUUUGCCGAUUGCUGUCAUCAGUUCAGCUGUGGACUCGUUCACUCAGGACGACAAUCUGGACCAGAUCAUCAAGGACAUUAACCGGUCGUCGUCAUCCCAUUCCUUGCUGAAGGGAAAUACAGCAGAGGAACGCAUGGAUAAUGGCAGCAUGGGCAGCUUUGCGGCUACUGGGAGCACCAGCAGCGGCGGAAAGAUGAGCGACUUGAACAACAUGGGAAGAGUCCAGAUUGAACCAACGACGACCAACUCGCUGGACUUUGAUGUGGAUGAGCUGGAUGAACUGACGAAGUACUUUUUGUCCGAGAACGACGCUGCAGUUGUCGUGCAGCGAGAGAUGCAGUCGAACCCUGUUCUCAUGCAGCAGAAUCCUCCGGUGGUGACGCAGAACCCGCAAUUCAAGAAAAUUCACAGUCUGGACUUCGAUUCCGACAAUACCAUGACUGGAAGCUCGUCUCGCAGUGGCAUUGUGAUGAGCGAAGUGAAGCUUGAAGACACUGAGAUGAUGGACCCUUUCUUAUCGACCCCUGUGUCCGCGAAUCCAGGUAUGAUUAUGCCUCCAGGAUCGCCAGCACCAGCGAUCAUCGAUAUUCAGACCCGAUUUCUCGAGAAAUACUGGCGCAAUGACCGUAAGAAUAUCCAGUGUUUCCCGUACUGCCCGGAACAUGGAGACUAUUACCGCGUGCGUAUUGAGAACCUUCAACACCGAUGCAAGGGUGUCUGUCGUGCUCCUGUGAAGGCUCAUGUGUCCAUUCCAGCACCUGCAGGUUCGUCCGUGGUGCAGCCUGGUCUAUUAGUGCUGGCGCGUUGCAACAGUACAUUUUCUCGCAACAUGACGCUGACAGAGCAACAGCUGUUGAGUCUUCCGGAGAUGAAAUCCCUUCAAGGUGUUAGCGCCGUCGGUGUCAUCGACAGUUUUGCUCCGCUUGACGGUGGCGGUGUACAAUUCGACGUGACAUUUCACCCGGAUGUCUGGAAAUUCGAGUUCGAUCUGCCCAAGAAGAGGCGCCACGUGCAGAGUUCGAGUCCAGCUGUGUCGUCACAUGGAGCCGACGAUGCUGGAGGAGACCCGCUAGCAGCAGAGUUUCUCUACUUCUUUGAAAUCGACGUGUUUUACUCGCGCGAAAAGACGAUUUUCGAGCGUUUGGGCCACACGGAGUCGAUGAAUUUCCAGAUUGGCAACACACGCACUCUUUUGCGACAGCGCAACAAGAUGGUUGAAGAGUUUAAUAGCAGUGGGGGGCCGCAGACACGUGUGGGACAAAACGACAAUGACAAGCUGGCGGAUGCUGACGAACUACCGGAGAAGAAGAGAGUCAAGGUGAACAAGGGACGGCACGAGAUGUUGUCAGGCACAUCGUUUAGCGAAGAUGGGCUAAGUAGUCGUGGCCUCAGUGGCAGCAAACUGUCGAUUGGUUACAUUACUGGCGAGGGCAUUUCGUCGGCGUCCAAGAAAAACUUACUGGAGGACAAAAACGCGCCUAUGGAUGUUGAUGGAUACUUUAGAUCCGACUCCAAGGACUCGCUAUUUGACCGUGAAGCAGGCUCGUCGGACCUUCCUAAAGUCAAGACGGACGUUUGGAAGGAUGUGGACGGUGACAGCGAUGAUCUGCAGCAGGCUGCUACCUCCGAUUACCGUCCGUACGUCUCGCCGAAGCAGAAGAGUGAAAAGCUGCAGACUGCAGAGUCCCCAGUGGCAACAGCUAUCCCGGUCAAGCCUAAUACGCAUGCUCGAGCUGCUAUUCCUGCAUCAUCUACGGAAGCGUACAGUCUGCCAAAGCUCUUGGCGUACUCUUUUGCCUGCGUUCCGCUGUCUGUGCUCUUCAUUCCAGUGGGCGUUCUGCUUCUUCUCGGGUUGUUGGUGGUACCGCCUGCUGCUUCGAGUAUCGUCGGCGCACUGGACGCCUUGUCGGACAUGGAACUGUCUCGUGCUAACGGUAGCUGCAUCUCCAGAGAUCAGCGCAUGGUGCUGAACCGUCUAGUGGAAGAGAAUGCUGACUCAUCUGGAAAGCCGAAGGGGGGUAUGUUCCGUUAUCACGGCAAGGGCGAAGUGUGGGGUCGCAUCUUCUAUUUCAGCGGCGCGAAGUUCGUGGUUUCUAUGGCCUCUUUGAUGCCGGCGUUUGUGCUCGCGUUACUUGCUGGUCUCCUCUAUCCGAUUCGUCCGGCGUCUGCUGCUAUUGCUAGUGCUGCCUGUGACUGUGCUCUUUGGUCAAGGGAAUAUACGCGCGAAACAACAGGCAAACCUUUAGCAGGUGCUACACAGUACGACGACAUGGGUGGACUUGUAUGAUCAAGCGUACCAAGAACGUCAUUAUACAGAAAAAGGAAACGAUGUCCAGAUAGCGAGCAGGAAGCUUACUCUAAUCUAGGUUUUGAGGUCUAUGUAAUUUAUCAUUCAGCAUUUUUCGUGGCAAUGUGGUAUUUUAUCGUGGAUAGAUUUCAAGCAACAACAGCUUCUUCGUAAGAUAAAACAAAACAGACCUGAAUUUAAUGUUUCUGCUACGAUGGACACUCGGUUGGCGUCAUCUCCAUGGUCUGUUAAAUGAGACUUUGCCUUUCUCCCUGAGAGGUUCGUCGAGGACGCCGUGUUGAGUAUGUCCGGGCUUGCAUGAAGGCUUGACGGGUGCUGAGGUUUACUUGGAACGGAAUUCCUCGCCACCCGUGACCAUAUCAAACUGGCUGGCGAAAUCGUCUAUCGACAUCUUGCUAGCGUCGUCCUCCUCGUCAUCGAAGACCCAAGUCGUACCUGGAACGUAUUUUGAGCCCUCAGCCUCCGAUCCAGGCGGACCCUUCGUUCCUUUCGCGUAAAGCGGCCCCGCGCUGCAGCAUCAAAGUCACACAAUACACUUAGCUA